GCCGCCCCUCCAUGAGGGCAGGUCUGAAUUUUUUUUUUACGCGUCACCAAUAGGCUUAUCGAAAUUCUGGGAGCCCACGUGGAAGACUAAUCUACAAGUAUCCAGAUGGACACGAGCCUUCAGAGUGGCCAGCCAGCAUGGCAGAGGGCCCCACCAAGCAUUCAGAGCCCAUCGUGCGGGAGCCUGCCCCUGGGCAGAGAAAUGCCUAGUAGGGACUUGAAAUCCUCUCCCACUCACCCGGGCUACUCGCAACAAUGGGCUCCUGAGGACUGUCUUCGGAAGUUGGCUCCGCUAUGGAAGUAUGUACCACCACCUCCUAUAGCCAAAUGUUGCAACUCGCAACAGCAGCUCAGUGUUUCACCACAGUUCUCGGGCAGCCAGUGUGUGUCAUCAGUGUCAUGUGGGCUGGACACACAUUACGCAAAUUCACGAUUUGUAAUAAAGGCAAAAUCCAUAACGGCAGCGUCCGAGCCAGAAAUAUAUCCAAAGAAAUCCAAUUGGUGUCACCAGAGGACCGCACAGGAGUCCGGCUGGGAUACGAGCAAAGCAGAGGCUUCCACCUUCACUGCCACUCACGAUGUAGCUACCACGGGCAAAGGUGACUAUGACUACCGUUAUCAGUUCUUUCCUUGUACAGGCUACUGGGAGAGAGGUGAUGCCUCCACAACCAGUAAGGUGGUUUGUUCCCCAGCAAGAGGCAACACUAGCGGUCAUCAUGGUCGGGAUUACAACUCCUUAACAUCGCUUCCGCCCUCAACUCUGUCUUUUCCUCCUCGAGCUCUGCCUCUUCCUCCCCCGCCUUUGCAUUUACCUCCUCCAUCUCUUUUCAUUCCUCCCCCUGCUGUACCCAUUCCUCUCCCCGCUGUACCCAUUCCUCAGAUCCUACCCACCGCACUUUCUACUCAAAUAACACCCUCGAGCCCUUCCGUGGUUCCCGCGACUGUAACAGUAAAUGAACCUCUCGUAACGCAAAAUUCGCCACCAGUCAUACAGUGUACAGCGUCCAGCCACUCUACAACGACCACAACCCAGUCUUCUGCGACCAGUAUCAAAUGUAAAGAAUAUUUGACCCUAGAUAAAAUCUUAAAUUACUCUCCAUAUACGACCAAAAAUAAUGAACCCAUGUCGAAGGAUAUCGAAUUUAAGGUCCACAAUUAUUCACCCUCGAAUCAGAGCAAGAAAGUCGCAACUAAGACGGAAACAUCUAGGACAAAGUACGUAAAGCCCGCGGCCCGGCGCGAGUCUCCUGCGGCCAGAUACGAAUCACUCCUUGCCAGGCGGAAUUCACACAUAGGCAGCCACAAGUCUCUUCACAUGGCCAGGCGCGAGUCUCCUCACAUGACCAGGCGCGAGUCAAACAUGGGCAGGUACGAGGUGCCGACAGCCAGGCACAAGGUCAGAGGCGAGGUGCCGACAGCCAGGCACAGGGUAAGGUGCGAGGUGCCGACAGCCAGGCACAGGGUAAGGUGCGAGGUGCCGACAGCCAGGCACAUGGUCAGGUGCGAGGUGCCUACAGCCAGACACGUGACAAAAAGGCCCGCGGUGGCCACCUCGAGUCACAUUACAACUUUAAGAACGAGGGAGACAUAUAUGACCAGCUUUGCGACGUCUAUAGCUGAUCAUAUGACACCUGUGUCUAGGUCUAAAUCCAACGUGGCCAGUAGUUCUCAUACCCUAAAAAAACUCUCAGAUGCCUUCAACCAGCCUAUUGCACAUCGAAAGAAGUAUGAAGAACCCAUAACCCAUCCGGCGACACCAGUGACACGAACUUUACCGGAAGUCCAGCCCACACUUGAGAGCAGAAUAAAGUCAUUGAGCCACAUAUUCACCACAUCAAAUGAUCAGCCGAUGACUGUAAAAAAUAACGUUAUUUUAUCCACAUCAGAGAGUCAGCUUGUGCCGGUAAACAAAGUGAAGCCCUUGAUUUCCCAACAGUGUGAUGGCCAUCCCACGUCCGUGAACAAACAUCAAUCAAAAACAAACGUCUUGCGCUCCUUACGGUGCAAGACUGAGCUGUCAGAGGUAACGUUAUGCAAUGGGACUGUGUUAAAACAAGAAGUUAUUACUGAUAUGGGACUGGGUUCAAAGAAUAUUGCGUCUCUAAUUGAUGAGUCGACAUUGGAAGGAUUAGCCGAAAGCCUUCCAGAAAGCCAUAAACGUGGAGAUGUUACAGAUGACUUGCUGAAACGGGAAGAUGCAGACAGUACAGGAAUUUGCUCAGUGCUUACUGGAGAAGCUAGCACUAAGCAAAAUAACUUGUUUACUGCCCCGUGUGACAUUCCCCAUAAUGAUGAUUUAAAGAAAAAAUACAUUAAGACAGAAAAUGUGGAGAAAGUUGAAUUGUCUUUCGUGAAGACAGAAGAGUGGGAAGAUGAUGCUGAUAGUGUUGAGACUAAAUAUGAAGUCACAAAGAUUCCUUCUAGAGUGAAGAAAGAUCAAAUCAAGGACAAGAUUGAGAAUGAGGAUAUAUUUAAAACUGAAGAGCCGUUCGGUAAAGCUGAGGUGACUGUAAGUGCAGACGAAAAUAAUUUAGUAGGUCGGCUCAAAAGCGAUGGUGGUGUGGUGUCGACUGCAAGACCUGUGAGUGGGACAUCAAUCGAUUGCAAUGGUGGCAGCGGAUAUCUCCUGGACGAAGAGUUUCUAGAGAUGUCGAUGGAUACUGUAGUCCCUGUGUGUGUUAUUUCUUUGCCCUCUACUGAAGGCUGUUCAAAAACCGUGGAAAAAUCCGGGAACACCCUACCCUUGAAGACUCUGUCUAUUGCUCAGAGUCACGUGCCUCCUACGAAGACUUCUGAAACACUCAACAUUACUGCUUAUCCUCAAAAGACUGAUGCGCAAACUGCAUGCAGGGAGCAACAAAAAACGGGAAAAGAAAGGAGAAAGAUUUAUAUAGAUGGUAGCCGUAAUCUAGAGAAGAAACCUCAUGAUUCAGGCGAGUUAAUAGUACAAAACACUACUCUGAUCAGAAAGCGAGUCAAGAGAAGAAAAAGGAAACGAGUCGAGGGUAACUCAGAAGCUCCAAGUACCAGCAAACGGCGGCAUGGAGCAUCUUCCAAGAAGUCUGGCUCCCGUCACGCCUCCAUCCAGAUGUCAAGUGAAGAGAUGAGGAGAGCACUGAGGACGUGUUCAUACGUGGUGCAGGAUUACGUGUCCGACACGUGCCCGAUUGGCCACCACCUCGACCCCUUCUGCGCCACCGUCAACGUCCACACCUACAACAUCACUGCUCUUUGCACCACGUGUAAUAUCACUAUACGCAUGCGCACCGUGCAUUGAUGCUCACACACUAUAGUAUCUUAUGACGAUUAUCUAUAACAUUCUGAAGUGCAAAAUGUUGCUAUAACAUUAGACAAAUGUUCUCAUUCCAUAUGUAUACCGUUGAAUAUAUACUCAAAGUGUUUGACAGCACUUUGCUGAAACCAACUUAACAAAAUUGGGUCCCUGUUCAAAUAAGUUGUAUAUUAUCAUUUAUACCAUGAACUAGCUGUGUAUACCAUAACUACGUACCUGAACCAGAGUAAACCAUGACUUACACCAGUGUAUACCAUUGUAACACUUGUUUCACCUGCACAUUAAAAUGUACUUUACA